CAAGUUGUGAAGUGUCUAGGAGUGUGACCGUAGACCUACAUCCUGUGUAGCUCUAGUCUGAUGACACACAGAUCAAGCUACAGAGGUUCAGCAAACCAAACCAUUUAACCUACAAUAGACAAUCUGAAAAUAUUUGUCAGACAAAAAGCUCUGUCGCACUUUUUAGUUGUGUAAGGACGGAACGAUUGCAAAACAUGGGGUGGAUGAAGUGGAGCGUCGUAGUGGGGCUGGCAGCGGUGGGGGUGUACUACUACCUAACGAGAGUAGACCCCAUCUCAGAGCUGGACGUACAGGGGUUUUGGACCCCACAGUAUCAACACGUGGCUGACACCUUCAGAAAGAACUUAAAAAGCGGUUUCAUGCGAGGAGCGUCCUUCGCUGCGUAUGUGGACGGGGAACUGGUGGUGAACCUGUGGGGAGGGUACACAGACGAGGCUUAUCAAGUCAAGUGGAAGAAAAAUACCAUUACGCACGUGGCGUCCACAACCAAGUUUGUGGCUGCUCUCGCCUUCAGUACCUUGGUGGAUAAAGGUUACGUGAAGUACGACGACCUAGUCUCCAAAUAUUGGCCGGAAUUUGCCCAGAACGGCAAGGAAAAUGUGACUGUCAAUAUGCUGAUCAGUCAUCAGGCUGGUCUGUACGUACUUGAUUCAACAGUGAGUUUUAAAGAUGUAGUCAACAAUCCUGCCAAGGUGGAAAGAAUUCUAGCGGAACAGAAGCCCCACUGGCCGCCUGGUACUGAGAUAGGAUACCACGCUCUCACAAUUGGAAUGUAUGUAGACUUCCUAGCAAGGAAAGUAGACCCCAAACACCGACCAAUUUAUCAGAUAUACGAGGAGGAUCUCAAAGUUCCACUUGGUCUGGAUUUCUUCAUUGCCACUCCUUACUCUGAACAGUACCGAAUGGCUCGGGUGCACCAACCCUCCUUGUUGGAUGUUGUCUAUACUUUCCUGUUUAUGCCAGAGUAUCGUAAAAUGCUAUUCAGCAUGAUGCUUGGCGAUCCGUGGUACAAAAACAUCACCAACGGAUUAGUCAAAGACGAAUUGCCAGGCAUCUUUGCGGACCCAGACCUGAGAGCCACGCCCAUUCCAGCCGCUAGCGGUGCGGGCACGGCCGAGUCUGUGGCAAAACUGGCCGGACUGGUGGCCGCCAAGAAAGCGCACAAAGGCAGACAAAUCUUGUCAGAUGCUGUCGUGGAGAAGCUCAGCACACCGUCCUUAAGCAAAGAGGAACUGGUUAUGAAAUUUAAUGGCUCUGUCGGCCACGGGACAUUCUUAUUUCAGAACCCAUGGGGUCAGAACGUGUUUGGUCAACCUGGAGCUGGGGGCCAAAUGGGGUACGCCGAUUCCUUCAACAAAGUCGGGCUCGCUUUUAUUACCAACUAUUUCAGCGCAUUUGCCACCAACAACGACUUCCGCUUUGUGCCUUUGGAGAAGGCCUUUUAUGACUGCUUGGGAAAGAGAAAGCAAAGCGAGAAUGCAAAACAAACAUAAAAGUGGAACUUUUGUUAGGUGGAAGUAUAUAAUGCUUUCGUGUCACUGAAAAUUUGCUAGCAUCUUCAUGCAGUUUAACAUGGCCAAGCUUAAAAACAUUUUAAGAGUUAUUCACAAAAGCCUGAUUCAUCCGAGUAUAAUUUGCAUGUGCAACGUGUGUGAUGACGUUUUUGUAUGAUUUAAAAUCAAUAUCCGCUGCUAAAAUGAAUCCGAUAUGAUGCCACCCAAAAUCCUUCUUCAAUAGUAAACCCUUCUGGCUGUAGGACAUGGCAUAAGUUUUAUAUUUGCAUAUAUACAUGUAUACGUCAUAGCCAAACAUCAGACCAUGUGUAGAGUUAACCUACUUCGACUUGUAAAUAAGAACAGCCUUCAACAGUUUGCUUCUCUUCAAAACUAUCGGAGCCGCCCGUAUAUUUAGAUAAGCGAUAUGGAAUAGUUUCAUUUGUCAUUUACAUAAAAAUUUAGCAAAAGUGGCCCUAAAUCUUAUCCCUGUGAAAUACCAGAUGUCACACAUUUAUACCACAACAGCAAACAACGGGAUUUUUUUUUUAUUAAUAAUACGAAUAAUUAAAUAGCUGGAGAGGGUCGUGAUCUAGUAGCUAGAGACAAUUCAAGCGCUCGGACACAAAAGGUCCGAGUAGGAAUAUGGCCAUGUAAUUUCUAGAUUCCAACGUUCUCUCAAGUGCUUGUGGGGCUUUGGUGACAAAAAGCCAUGAGCGGCAUCUAAUGUUUUUGAAAACCAAUUCUCUUUCACCUCAA